GCAUAAGCGCGCGAGAAGGAGCGAUACAAAAAAAGUCUAUCUUUCCCCUCUAGUAAAUAAACUAGUUCUACGGAUUCAUACACAUACUAUUCGAUAUCGUCUUACUACGCACCAUGUCUCUCCCAGUGUCUUCGCCACCGCCACAGCCCUACCCAACCACCCAGUCGUACUUCCAGCUAGCAACGCCUCCAGCCACAAGCUCGCCUCCCCCUGGCUACCAGCCGCGCAGAGACGGUCCCCUAGAGCUAUACCUACCGCGGCCGGCCCGGCGCUCGCCGAACCUCGACGACCAGAUCCUCUGUGCGCAAGAGGUCGCCGAGGACAGUCGGAUACAGCAGAAGGCGAUACGCGCGCGGCGGGAAGACGAGGAGCACUCUUCCAUCGCCGACAGCGAGACAACGCUUUGGUUGGCGAGAAACUCGAACGACAUGGUCGGUUAUGCCUACAGUCCUACUAGAAGGAGACCUUUGCAUCUCCUGUCCAAUCACUUUGCCUUAUUCUGCUCUCACAAGAGAAGGCUCUACUACCCCUGAAUCUAACUCAAUCUCCGGAACAUCCGUGUGUCCGUAACGGGAUCAACUUUUACAGCAAAACACACACUAAUUACAAAUGAUAUGACAACCGCUUGCCAUCAGUUCUCUAGUUCAGAUAGAUGCCGUUUGCUAGCCGCCCGUCAAGCUGGUCAGACCACCAAGGAGGUAUGAGCAACAAAUUGCAUCUACUGUCAUUGUGACGGCACAUAUCUCCGAUAUCCUGCGGGGUGACCCUUAUUCAACGCUAUUACUUUACUGAAGUGACGGCACCUUCUAAAAUUUU